AUGUAUGGCAUCUCUGAGGAUGCGCUUAAUCCACUAGAAUUAUCUGCCGGCACACAAAUUGCUUCAAAUAUUCCGAAGCUGCAAUUUCCACUUGUCUGUGUCUGUAAACCCCAUCAAUUGGCGGGCUCAGCGGCCUCAGCAAUUCUCGACCAAUCGCCACUGCCACUUCCCGGCACACCCUCCCCAGGCAGUAGUUCGGCAUCGACCGGCUCCGGCUCGGGAUCCGGUAAAAGUACUGAUACAAUAAAACGCGGUGCGUCGCCUUCCUCUGUUAAACAUGUGAAAAUCCAAGAAUCCUCCAGCUCCUAUACCAUAAGAGAGAAACAACCGACAAAAGACUCACCAUUUGAUGAUUCUUCACUGCAUUCAGUUGGUUCAACAACAUCUACAGUAACAACGAUAAGGAAAGGCGUCGAGUUUUAUGAACCACAAAAACCUCAAAUAAAGGCUGACGAAAGUAGUUACUCGAAAUAUGGUGAGCUGGGGGUGAAAACGCGCACAACCUACAGUGAAACGAGCCCUUAUAGUAGUGGUAAGGGGCCACUUUCAACGUUGUCAACUGAAGAUUACAAAGCCAUGCGUAACAAAUCGAGUGCCACAUCGUCCUCCUCGUCGUCACAAGCGACAGUUUUAAGCGCGGCUGGUUCCACUGCCACAUCAGCGCCUACCACAUCGUCUGACGAUUCUGAUGAUAUCAUCUCGUACAAGUCAUCAGCUUCGACGAAUGCUUUGCUGGCGCAAUCCCAGGCUAUGACCACGUCGCAACUUAUGUCCAAGUAUCUGAAAAGGGAACCACGAGUUCAGUUUACCCCCAUAAAAUCUCCCGAUUCUCCAUCUCCACCAGGGAGCGAUGGUCUACCGAAAGGCGUCUACCAAAUAACUGCCGCGAACGGUAAAUCCACAGGCGCCAUUCGCAAACACUCCGCGCAAAGUGCUGCAAAUGAUUCACACACAAAUACCAACAACAAGGGCUUAUUAUCACCAUCGAGACAAGUAAACGACAAAGAACCAGUACAAUCAGCAACCUCGGCAUCAGCGAUACCAUCAUACACAGCACCAUCAACGUCAUUUGUAUCGACUGGCAGGCGGCUAUUCGACAGUUUAGCGUCAUCUGAAGCAGAAGGGCGAACACCAGCGGGAGGCACCAGCACAACAACAGCAGCAAUGUCUGCAACGUAUAACGAUAAUAAAAGUGUAGCUAGUAGUCACAUUAGUAAUAAGAAUCAAAGUUCAGAGCACAGAAGUUAUGGUAGUAAUUUGUUUGGAAGUAGCGGGCACAGUGGCACAAGUCCCUUUGCCACUAAUGGCAAUGGCUCCUCAACAACAAAUGGCACGCACAAUGCCAUGCACCUCUACGGCACACUGCCCAAAAGCGGCCCAGCGGCUAAUGCAACAGGUAAUGGUUCCUCGGGCGGUGCAGCUGGAAAGUACAGUUCCACUACAUCCGCCUCGUGCUACUCCGGCUCGUCAUCGUCCGGCGGGCCCACAGCCAGUAGUAGUGGAGUGAGCUCAAUGGCUAGCUCCACCACCAGCUACGAUUAUUACAAUACCAGCUCAACCUCGUAUACGUCAGCGGCUAGCACGCGAUCCUAUGGAAAUGGCGGCAGUAACGGUGGGGGUAAUUAUCACACGCUAGGUACAUACAGGGUGCAAUAUGCAGCCACAAAUCCCUUUUUGGAUGCAUUCGAAGCACCGGGCAAUGGCAGUAGUGCGGGUAAUGGCUGCCACGGGGGUAGUAGCAAUAAUGGCGGCAACAGUCGUAGCUAUGGGGCUAUUGAACAGCAGCCGGGUAAUGGAAACAAUGGUAGUAGCAGCAGUCACCAUCGAACGUCGUUACUGGCUGCUUUGCAUGGCAGCGAUUCAAAAAAUGGCAGCGACGAGUUUGAUGAUUUGAAGUAGAAUCGUAAGGAGAGUGAGAGAAUGAGUUUUAUUUGGCAUUUCUCAGUGAUAUUAAAAAUGAGCGUUUAAGUUUUUUAAAACAAUUUAUUAACAUGAAAACAAAUUUUUAAAUGUAGUUCACGCUGAUUUAAAAUGAAGGUUCACAUAUGUACAUGCGCAUACAUAUGUAUUUAGAUACUUCAGUGUCAUCACUCAGAUUUGCUAAAUGAAAUAUUUUCUCCGAAUUUUUAUAACACUUAAAACUAAAUACACCUAUAUAACAAAAACAAUAAUUUUUUAGUUAAUAACAUAACGAAUACCAGCUUACAAAAUGUGUACUCACACAUAUUACAUACGUACAUUUGUACAUACCGUUGACUUUUUUAAAUGUUUACACUUUACAAAUUUACAAAUAAAAAACAAGGUAAACAACAAAACAUUAAAGGUCUGGGCAGGAAAACAACCUCAAUUAAAUGACAGUAAAACAAGAACAUAUGGUGAGAUACAUACAUGCAUACAUAUCCAGCCCUAACCGCCAAAAAAUGUAAGCGAAUUUUUUUUAAUUUUAUUUUUGAUGCAGAAAUGCACCUGGAUGCUGUAAUAGAAUUUCUGUAUCAAAAAUAAAAUUUUGAAAAAAUGUCGCUUACAUCUUUUUGGCGGUUAGAGAUCGAUGUGUUCUACUGAUUCAGGCUCAUAUCGUCGUUUAAAGUGCAAAACCGCGUAUCAACAAAAUGCAAAACCGCGUAUCAGCAAAAUGCAAAGCC